AUGGUGUAUAACCUUGGAACCACAGUGGUGGAGCUGAGAACAACAUUGAGCUUCACCCAGAAUGAGCUACAGAACACCAACUUCCUGCUGUACACAAUGGAGACUGAGAAUGAUGCUCUACACACAGAGAUGGCCGUGCUGAAGUCCAGCCUGGCUGCUAGUGAAACUGAAGUGGAGCUGACAGCAGUGAAGACCAGACUGGCAGCUACUGAGACUGAUGUAGUGAAUCUGGAGGAAGAGAUCACAGAGCAACCCAAGGUGGCAUUCUCAGCAGCUCUGACUGACUCAGGAUACAUACAGUCUGGGAACACUGAUUUGAACUUGGUCUUCACUAAAAUCAUCACCAAUGUUGGACAGGCCUACAGCAGCACAACAGGCUUCUUCACAGCUCCAGUCAGGGGAGUCUACUACUUCAGAUUCACUGUCAUGGAUAUCCUAUCCUCACGCAGUAUGGGUAUCACGAUGAAUAAGAAUGGAGAGCAGAUCAUGUAUUUGUGGGAGUAUGAUACUGAUGCAACGGACACCUAUCUGUCCAGUGGUGCUUCUCUGCAGCUGGAGGAGGGAGAUGUAGUUAACAUGCGACUCCCUGCAGGCAUGUGGCUCUAUGAUGAUCCUUCUAAUCGCAACACCUUCAGUGGCUUCCUGCUGUUUCCUCUCAGAAUGGAACACAGCCCGGACACUAAUUGCCUGAUAGACAUCGCGCAGGACUGCAAUUCCCGGCAACCCAAGCUGCGCAUAAAAGCGGCCUCCAACCUGCGCGUCACUCUCUGA